UGACUUUGACUUCGCUUUGCACAACCAAGUUCAACUUUCUUCAUCCCUUCCAAGCGGAUUUCUCUCUCUUACCUUGCCUUCUCUAUCUCUACGAUUCUUUGUUGUUUUCGUCGGCUACUGCCUUCGGAUUCGUUGUUAUCCACUCUAUUGAUUCGUUCGCCGGCGAUGCAUCUCUUGCUGCUGUUAUUCUGAUCGGAACUUGAUUUGGGCGAUUCGUGAAGCGAGUUUAGAUCGUCUCCGAGUUCGAGAAUUGGCUGAAAUUGGAUGGAAUUUUGCUGGCAGUAAGAGAAAUAAAUGCUGUUUUGAGUUAUAGUUGUGUAAUCUUCCCCCUCCGAGAGCAUGGUACAGUCGUGUAAUCUUCUCAUUGGAUGCUGUUUUAAGUUAUAGUUGCUGUAUCGUUUGAUUUUUUGACCUCGUGUUUGCCUUAGAUUCUGUUGCUUCUUUUCGGUCGUUUGAUGAACUGGACAUCAUAGAAGUUGGCUCUGCACCUAGCGUGCUGGUGGAUGACUGGACUCGCUAGUUGAAUUUUUGACAUAAACUGGCAGCGGUUUCUAGAUAUUUUCACUUUCGGCUCAGCUUGAUGAUCGGGAUGGAAUAAUUUGAUUAAAACGUCUCAUCGCUUUCCAGUGUUUAGUUUUCAAAGAUGUCUUUUCUUCUUGUUGUAUCAUGUAUAGUAGCUUCUAUUACGGCCGUGAUGUUGGUGCAAUCGCCAUUAGUAUUUGCUUCUGAGUUUAUGAUGGAAUCUGGGGUUUCAAGUGCUAAUCAGAUUCCCUAUUCAGUUUCGGAUGGUUUUGAACGUUAUUUCAUGAAUGGGAUUCCUAUGGAUAAAAGUAUGUUCUGUAAGCUGCUACAGUUUUUGCAUGGAUAUCCUCGCAUACUUGAAGAUUCUUGGGGAAGUGAUGGUUGCCGUUGGGAUAGUUCAUUCUCUGGUAUGAGAGUCAAAGCAUCAAGAAAAUUGUUAAAAGAAGAACGGAAGGAGGAAGACGCCAACUUUAAAGAUGGUCAGUAUCGUCAUUGGAAGGCAAAAGAGGAUCCGAAGUCUUUUGCAACCCCCCAAAACAUUGGAAUUGUAGUAACUGGAACCUUCGUUUUAUGUUGUGGUGUCCUCUGUCCUUGUUUCUAUCAAAAGAGGAGACGCACUGUUCAAAGAGCUUUAGAUAAAGAACAACAAUCAGUUCAUUUAGCCUCCACCAUCGAAGUGAUGAACUCUGCUCCUGAGAAGAUUCUAGCUAGUCCACUUCGGGUACCACCUAGUCCUAGAUAUUCUCCAUCUCCAAAAUUUAAACGGCUUGGAUCUGUUCGUCUUAACAUGAGCCAAGUAGCUAAAGCAACUCAGGAUUUCUCACCAGCUCUACGCAUAGGUGAAGGAGGUUUUGGAACUGUCUACAAAGCUCGGCUAGAAGACGGGCACAUAGUUGCCAUAAAACGUGCAAAAAAGGAACUCUUCGAGAACUCACGGACUGACUUUGGCAGUGAAGUAGAAUUACUGUCCAAAAUUGAUCAUCGGAGUCUGGUUAAGCUGCUAGGUUAUGUUGACCAUGGAAAUGAGCGCAUCAUCAUUACGGAAUAUGUAGGAAACGGUACUCUUAGAGAACAUUUGGAUGGUGUGCAUGGGAAAGUAUUGGAUUUUAAUCAGAGACUUGAAAUUGCAAUUGACAUUGCUCAUGGACUAACUUAUCUCCAUCUAUAUGCAGAGAAGCAAAUUAUUCAUAGAGAUGUGAAAUCUUCCAACAUCCUUCUUACCGAAACCAUGAGAGCAAAGGUGGCGGAUUUUGGAUUUGCAAGACUUGGCACAUUGGGUAGUGAACAAACGCACAUUUCAACUCAGGUGAAAGGAACAGUCGGUUACCUUGAUCCGGACUAUAUGAAGACCUAUCAACUUACCCCUAAGAGUGAUGUCUACUCAUUUGGGAUUUUACUAGUAGAGAUUCUAACUGGACGCCGUCCAUUGGAAGUGAAGAAGCCUCCAGAGGAGCGGGUCACAAUAAAAUGGGCUUUCAACAAGUAUAGUGAAGACAAAAUUCUGGAAACGUUAGAUCCUUUAAUGGAGGAAACUUUGGAGGCAGAGAUUGUCCUGAAAAUGUUCGAGUUGGCGAUCCAAUGUGCAGCACCGGUUCGAGCAGACCGUCCAGAUAUGAAGUUAGUUGGAGAGCAGUUGUGGGCUAUAAGAGCAGAAUAUAUAUCACAGAAGAAGGAAAAGGCAAGAGUGCCUUAAAAAUCCCGAGCUGAUCAAGUACAAAUAGUGUGAAUUUCAUUAAUUUUAGAGUUUUUCUUCUUUUCCAUCGUUCUCUUUCCCUCAGUCACCUUGUUUUUUAACUCCAAAUCCUUGCCUAGAAUUGAAGUCGGUCAACGACCCUUGUACAAUUAUUGUAUUAAAGAAUUUUUUUUUUUUUUUUUUCUUUCCAAUUUGAUGGUAGAAGUUCGAGGUCUUGCUUUCA